UUUAUCGUGUGUGGCCGAAAAUUAAAGAUGGCUGGCGCAGUUGUAGAUCCGUCAGUGCGUGAAGAGGAUAUUUGACAUUAUUAAUUCGUGUAUGGCGUCUUAUUUUGGUGCAGCUGCGUGCACGGAGAGUGGAGCGUGUGCCGAAGCGAGUGGUGCGUUCUUCGGGCCUCCGCCGUGAUUACUAAGUGCUUUCGCAGCGCGCAAGAAUCAGUUGAGCAGUCGCCGCGCGCCGUCCCUCCGUCCGUCCAAUCGUACAUAUGUGACACACAUUUUCUCGAGUGCUCAGAGGUGCGUGCGAUGUCGAUAAUUUCCGCGGCCUGAGCAGCAUGGACUCUUCGCCGCCUUCCAAAGCGCAGGACAGCCGACGCAAAAUGCGGCCGAGAGGCGCUCGACCCGUGUCCGCGGGCUCCACCAGCUCGACGGGCUCCGGCGGAGAGCUGCCGCCGUCGCCCCUCGGAGGCACGGUCGUCGUCAUCACGGUGCUCAUGGACCAGAAGACGGGCUACGGCAUGAAGGUGUCCGGCGACAAGCCCGUCUACGUCCAGAGCGUCCGCCCAGGUGGUUCAGCUGAGAGAGCGGGCCUGAAGCCAGGAGACAAGAUACUUAAGGUGAACGGUCACAACGUGGCCCAGUCGACGCACAUCGAGGUGGUCGAGCUGAUCAAGGCCGACGCGCAGGUGGUGCUGACCGUGCACCAGCACCCCCACCACCGACCACCCACCCUUCCGUCGUCGCCGCCGGGACUGGGCGCCGGCACCAAGCGAAAGGGCAACAGCAGCCGCGAGAACAUCACCGGCCCAAAGCCGGUCGACUUGGAGGAGAAGCGAAAAUACGAGUCGUCGCGCCGGCUGACGUUCCAGUUGAUGCUGGAGAACGAGCAGCGCAACAUCGAGACGCUGCGCUCCAAGCUGGCCGUGAGCAACGACCCCAAGACCCACGACGAACUGAGCAAGGCCGAGAACAGACUGAGGACCAUCCAGGGACAGCUCUACGCGCUCAUUGGACCGGUCGAGCUGUUCCAUAACAACUCUGCCGUGGAGCAAGCGCCGCCGCCCCUGCCCCCCGCCCGCCCCCGUCCUUUCACCUUGACCAGUCCCAUUGGCGGCGGCAGCACGCCCCCGGCGCUGCCCCCGCGCAACCCUCCUUCCUCGGCAGCGGCGCCGGCCCAGCCCUGCGAGAGUAACGGACUCGCGGCCAACAACCACUCGAGCACGCCGACCCACCAGCGAACCAAGUCCAGCCCUGACCCGAUAGGCCACACUGCCAGCCUCGACGCUUUCAAACAAUACUUCGCAGGUGCGUCGCGGCUGUCGACGCUGACGUCUUCCGAGUCGGUGCAAGACUUGACCAGACGCGAAAAAUCCUUCUCCGGAGGCUGGGACAUGGAGAGCCCACGAAUCACGCCUCCAGGGACGCCGCCGCCCCCUUACGGCGGGCCGGGCGGUGACAUGUCGCCGCAGGUCACCGACCUCAAUGGCCCUGUAGACGUGUCGAUGAUGGACGCGUCUUACACCGGGCCGAUAAUCAGCAUGGAAGACGACGACAUGAGCGACCAGGAGAUGACGCAUCUGGAAGACCACGGUCCGUUCAAGAGCGUCAACAAGCUGUUGCAGCACCCGGCCCACCUCUCUGUGUUCAUGAACUACGUUUUGUCGAGUAGCGAUCCGUCGAGUCUUCUAUUUUACUUAAUAACCGACCUGUACAAGGAGGGAAACGCGAAAGAGAUGAAGAAGUGGGCGUACGAAAUUCACUCGACCUUUUUGGUCCCGGACGCACCUCUUCGAUUGUCGCACGUGGACGAGAACAACGCCAGGGAGGUGGAUGAGGUUCUCUUCAUCGACAGCGACAAGGAGGAAAUCCUGCGCAAGGUUUUUUGGAAGCCUCGGUCCAAGGCCAAGGAGAGUCUUUCAGAGCAGCUCAACGACUUCCGACAGAAGCGAAUCGCCGGUCUCGGCGCGCUCUUUGGCGCCUCCGACAUCGAGCUAGACGAGAGCAUCCACGACAAAUCCAAGGAAAUUGCCAUUAUCGAAGGCAGGCUGCUGCCCCACAUCGAGUCCCUCAUGCCGAGGAUCGAAGUGGAGGUAGACGGGCGGAGCGAGGAGGAGGUGAAGGCGUUCCAGCGCGCCUCGUCGAUUUGCUCUUCGCUGUGCACGUUGGCGUCCAAGCUGUUCGGGCUGCGCAGCGCCAACUCGCACUGCGAGCGGGUGCCCAGCUUCGUGUGCAAGGACAAGAGCAGCAAGCUGAAGCUGCUGGCCAGGAACAACCGCAAGGUCAACAUGCUGGGCCACACGCUGCACGCGCACCACUACUUCAUCGUCACGCACUGCAACCACUGCGGACGCAUCAUCGGCGGCGUCGGACCACAGGGAUUCCAGUGUUCCUCCUGCUUGUUGAACAUUCACCGGUGGUGCGUGCGUCCCUUGGAGGAGGAGUGUCCAGGGCCGCUGAAGAAGGACAAACACAACGACAACCGCAUCAGCAAACUCAUGGAACGCAUCCGUCCGGAACGCGAAGCCCGCCGAAAACCAAGCAGCCUCAAUUUGGAAAAAAUCAAAAAGUCUUCCGAGGAGCGUGACGAGCUUGGAAAUAUGCUCAACGAAUCGGACUUUGCCGGAGGGGCGAGGCGCGCAGACCUCAGUGGCUCCUCGGAUAUGGCCGAGCACAGCGCCGCAGCAGCCGCGGACGCCGCCAGCAGCAGCGGAGGCGGCGGCAUCACGCCGCAGCCGCAGUUGGGGGCCCGAAAGCAGUCGGCCACCUCCAUCAACCGCUCCGAGAGCUACAAGGAACGAGUUCAGAAGCGGCAGUUGCGGGAGCGGCGCAAAACCAGUGAUCCCAACCUUGGCUCCAAGAGCGCCAAUAAUGAUAAUGCUGAUGCGGAUGCCUUACAGUUCAACAAUAAUUCUGGCAGUUCUUCCAACUCAACUCACUCUCUCAGGAGCCUGGACAGUCCGUCCACCUCGAUGGAGAUGGUGACAGGGUCGAUCGCGCCUGGCACCGAGACAGUCGACGUCUGGGACAGUGAUAUCGACACGGAGCCCGACCCGCCGGACUGGAUGCGCUUCGUCGAGCAGGAGGAUCUGCGCAAACUCACCUUAAGAGAGAAAAAGAGACAAGAAGUCAUCAACGAGCUGUUCUACACGGAGCGGUCGCACGUGCGCGCCCUGAAAGUGCUGGACCGCGUGUUCUACAAGCCGCUGCUCGACAAUCAGUUGCUGAACCUGGAUUGCCUGGUGCUGUUGUUCCCGAACCUGGGCGAGAUGCUCGAAAUCCACGGCUCGCUCAACGCCGCCAUGAAGCAGAAGAGGAAGGAAUCACCCAUCGUGGGCGACAUAUCAGAGCUCCUGCUCAACGUCUUUGACGGGCCGGCGGGCGAGCGGUUCCAAAGAGAGGCAGCGACUUUCUGUGCGAAGCACCAACUGGCGCUGGAAAUGCUCAAGGAGAAGCGGCGGAAGGACCAAAAGCUGAACAACUUCAUCACCGAGGCCGAGGGAAAGGCUGUCUGCAGGCGGCUCCAACUUAAAGAUAUCAUACCUUUUGGCUUCCAAAGGCUGACCAAGUAUCCGUUACUGUUCGAGAAUCUGGUGAAGAAUUGCGAGGGCUCGGAACGCGCGGGCGUGCAACGGGCCCUGGAGCGCAGCAAGGAGAUUCUCAGCCUGGUGAACGCGUCCGUCAAGGAGGCCGCCGACCAAAACAGACUGGCAGAAAUCCAGCGAAGACUAGACAAAGGACCCUUUGAGAAAGCAGACCAUUCCUUAGCCGCCGAGUUCAAGAACUUGGACCUGACGAAGCAUCGACUAGUGUUCGAAGGCAUGCUGAGCUGGCGGCAGAGCAAGACCCAGAAGCCCCUGGACCUGCACGUGGUGCUGCUCGAGGAGAUCAUCGUGCUGCUCGUGCGGCAGGACGAAAAGUUUGUGCUGAAGUUUUUCUCGGGCAUGCCGGCCGGCGCGGAAAAGUCGCUGCCCUACAGCCCCAUCAUCAAGACGGCCACCGUGCUCACGCGGCCCGUCGCAACAGACAAGCGUGCCUUCUUUCUGGUCAAUAUGUCGCAUGCCUGCGCGCAGAUUUUAGAACUAGUUGCCUUAUCCAACAGCGAGCGCAAAACGUGGUCCAAACAUAUCACAGACACGGCGGACGCGAGCCGCCUCAAGAACCAGCGGCCCCGGCCGGACGCCGCCACCGCCGCCGCGCCCCUCUUCCCGCCGCCCGACGCGCCCAUUCCCGAAGACCACAACAAAGACAGCGGCGAGUCGUCAGCGGAGGCGGCAAGCGGCGAGAACGCGGAGGCGGCGACGCCGUCGACGCCGCAGGAGCCGGAGAGUCCGUCGAGCAGCAACCCUGCGGCGCCGGCCACGCCGUCGACGCCGGACGAGAAACUGGUGGCGACGGCGGCGUCGACGGCGUCGUCGGGCGGGGUGGUGCGGCGGAGCAGCAGCGCCGCCAGCAGCGCCGCCAACCGCGACAGCAUGCCGCGCAUGGUGCAGGAGUCGUCGCUCAUCCAGCCCAGCGAGGUGCGCGUCUCGCAGAACCAGGUGCACGUCGCCGAGCCCGUCUACACGCCCAUUGAGCUGCUGCGGCGGGAGGACGACGCGAUCCAGGCGGCGAUCAGGCGGAAGCAGAAAAUCGUGGCCGAGCUGCUGCACAUCCCGCUGGAGCAGUUCGACACGAUCGCCGAGCUGGCCGCCGAGCCGGGCACCGCCGACAAGGAGCAGGCCGAGCUGGCCUUGGCCUGCUUCCACCAGGUUACCCGACUGACGAAUAUGCUGAACGAGAGCCUGCGGGUCAGCGAGGAAGACUCGAUCGCCGCCACUGCCAGCGGCUUGGUCGGCCGGCAGUCGCCGUCCCUCAGCUUCAACCACGUGCAGGAAAUCACCACCGCCCUCACCUCGCACGUUACCCAACUCAUGAAAAUGACAAAAGAUCGAGAGGAGGAGCGCGAGCUGAUCAGGCGGGAAAACAUGAGGCUGAGAGAACAAGUCCACGCGAUGCUGGAGCAGCGGAGAAGCGGCGCCAGCAGACCCAAGAGACGGGCCACCUCCACCGGCUUUUCGCGCCAAGUCGGUUUGAACGCGGAGGAGAGCGGCGGAGGCGGCGACCAUUCGGAGCACGAGGACGAGGAGCUGGAGGAAGGAGCCGAGGCGAGUCCGUUGGCUCCUGAGGAGUGCUCGAACGGCGCCGAAAAGGAGGAUCUAGUCGUGGAGGGUGCGAACGUCUAGUGCGUCGGUCUCAUUCCAAAAUGAACUCGUUCGCAGCGCCGAGAAUCAGAUAGAAGAAAGAAAGAAAAGAAGAAGAAUUGGUUGGAAAUGAUGGUCGUGAUGCAUUUAUUUACUGUGCUUUUAUCGAUGCCUUACGGAUACAAAAAAGAAAGAAAGAAAGUAAGAAAAAUGAUGGAAAAAAUAAUCAAAUGAUACACAUAGUGACUAGUGACGCAAGACUGGCUCAUAGUGCUACUGCUGCUACUCUUUUUCUCUCUCUUACACACGCAUACACACACAAACAACACACAAUGUCUCUCUCUCUCUCUUUGAACCUUUCUCCGUGGCCUAAGAGACGAGGUGUUGUCACGACGAGCUCCCUAAUGAAUUUAUUAAAUAUUUACACGGGAAAAUUAUUAAUAAAUUGGAAGCUUUUGGCGUUGAAAUCGAGGUGUCGGUCGGAAAAAGAGUUUUAUUUUUGAUUUGUUUUAAUCUAUAUAUAUAUUUGUAUUUUAAACUGAAUUUGCUACAAAUUUUCAACCUAAAUCUAUGUCAAAUUUUACUUAAUUCUGUGUAAUAUUUUAAAUUUUCAUUCAAAUGUGAUCUAAAGAAUUUGUAAAAGUCGAACAAAAUUGUUUCCUGAGGCUUUAACGUGUCCUUGCGCCUUUUUACACGAGAUCAUUUCGAACUAAGCCCAAAAAUAGACGUUUUUUGGUCAAAAAUGAGGUAAAUAAAAAAUGGCGGGAAAUUCGCAUGACCGUUUAACUGAUCUGACGGUAAAAAUUACGUGUAAAAAACGUUUUACUAAAAAGUUCUUACCGAAAAGCCAGUAAAUUGACCAAAAAGAAAAUGGCGGGAAAAUAUUUUGGCCGUUAGUAAACCGGAAAUUCGCAGGGGUUUAUCAUUUCUGCCUUUAGAUAGACCGAUCUGACGGAAAAUACGAGUACUCCAUUUUUUAAUUGGUCCUUUAAAAUCUGAGAGAAUGAAAAUUCUUUUAAAAAAACGCCCUUUAACGCGUUUACUCGCGUCAGGAGAGAAAGCGGUUACCUUUUUUACCUCAAAUCAGGCCUGAAAUGACGUUUUCGGCCAAAUUCGAAAAUGGCGGGAAAUUCAAAUUUGGCACAUUAAAGCCUCUGAAGAAUUUUAGACCAUUCUUGUCUUUCAACCGUGAUUCCGCCAUUCGAAAUGGCUUUUCUGCAAAAAAAAACGACACUAACUUGUUCAUCCCGAAACUGUCCCAUUUAUUAAAAUUUUCCCGAAACUGUUGACCCGUUAGGCCAGGGAAUUUGGAAAAAUAAACUGUUGAAAACCCAGGUUUGUCGCGCCGACGGCGCUUUUCCGGUCGAAUUUUAGAAAAUUUUGGGAAGAAGUGUUCCUACAUGAAAGAAGUGCAGAUUUUUGUGUGCCGCUGCUUGUACACUAUUUUGAAAUGAACGAUUUUUACCGGCUGCGGCGCGCUUGGUUGAUUGAUUGAUUGAAAUUGUGUGUCUUCUCGUCAGGAAACUCACACACAAUUCACUCAAGAUGUGCCUUUCCUUCUUGAGAUACAAAGUGUCUUUUUUGUAAUAGGAGCAACAAACAAUAAGAAUUUAUUACCCACCACCUACGUGUAUUGAUGAAAAAAAAACAGUAAAAUAAAAUAUAAAGUGCCCACAUUUCAACACACACGCGCGUUCACAUACAUUGCGUGUCAUCCCGCGGCUGGGAAACUAUAACUUUGUCACACACACAACACACACACACACACACACUUACACUCUUUGCGCGCGCAUUGAUGGAGGAGGAAAGGAAACAAGAAAGAAAGAAAGAAAGAAGUGUAAUCGUGUAUCUUCCAAUCAAGCGAACGUUUUUGUGCUUGAUCCGAGCUGUCGCUCCGAACGUUACAAGCAGACAUUCUCAAAUAUUUCUGAUUGUAUGUAAAUAAACCAUGCAUAAAUAUAUAAAUAUAUAUUGACAUACCAGAA